AUGAAACUAUUUUUAUUCUUUUUAACCAUCUGUAUUACUCUAUUUGCUUUGGUGCAUGCAGAUGAAGAUGAUGAUAAUGAAACUAUCAUGAUUACGGUUUAUGAAACUUUCACAACUACUCUCCAUGGGAAAGAGGCAAAACCUUCGAGUACCAUCAUCCCUGAAUCCGAAAAAUUAAACAAGGAAAGUACAGAAACAGUUGUGUAUGUAACCACCUUAUCGACGAUUGUGGUGGAUGAUGAAACUAUGACCUCUACUUCUUCUGUGAAAAAAGCAAUACCCACCUCUACUUCCAAACCACAAUCUUCUGGAAAUAAAUCAUUAUCCAUUCCAUCAUCAUCAUCAUUAUCGUUACUUGACACAUUCUCUUUCAGUCCCAUUACCUUGGCUCCUGAGAGUAGUAAAUCCGAAAACCCACCCAAGGCCACUGCUACUGUCAGCAAGCCUGUCAUGAAAGCACAUACCGGGAAGAAAGGAAAAGAAACCAAUGUUAGUAUGGGUUGUAACCUGAUGCCAAAUCUCAUAUCUUCUUUUGGAUAUCUUAUUUUCGUUCUUGCUUUAUUGCAAUAA